UCUUCAACUCGGCAGAAACCCACAAGUGUGCGUGUGUAGCUCAGAGGCUUCAGCUGGGGCCCCGCCCUCGUCCCCGGGCGCACACUGACACACGCAGCCUAGACCUGGCCCGAGCGCGCUCCUGGCCUCGGCGUGGCUUCUCUCCAGCCGGGAGUCCCAGGGCCAGCUAGCCUCCUCCCCUAAAGGGGACGGCCCGUCAGCACAGUGCCAGAGUCCAGCACCGGGAGGAAACUUUCGGAGUGCGGAGGGAGUUGGGGUUGCCGGAGGAAGGGAGCGGGAGGAGAUCUCCACUCCCAGUUUGUUCUGCCGUUGCCGCGUCCCAGGGACCCCUUGUCCCGAAGCGCACGGCAGCGGGGGGACUUCAGCCCUUCGGGCAGGGUGAGCUCCAGGUCCAGGUCCGAGGCGGGCGCUGGAGGCUCGGCCCGAGGCCGGAGAGGAACUCAUCUCGCGAGCUGUCGCCGUGGGCCCGCAUUGUCUGCAGGAACUCUCCGGAAUCGGGAGGGGGAGGACUGGAUCGCGCUUCCACUGGGAUUCGUCAAGAGUUCCGGCGGCAGCUGCGGCGGUGGCGGAGACUGCCUUUGUCCUCUCAGGACCUCCCUCUCUCCCUCACUCAGUCAGCUGGUGGGUCCCGUUGCCGCAGGCGCCGGCGCCUCAGCUGCUCGCCGCCCCCCACCCCAGAGUGCAUCCCGAGUGACUCCCGGCACCUUUGCGACCCUCCGAGCUGAGGAGACUGCGAGCGAGAGGGAGUCUCAGGCUCCCGGCCGCAGGAUGGUGGCGGAGCGGUCCCGGGCCCGCAGCCUCGGGAGCUGGCUGUUCCCCGGGCUGUGGCUCUUGGCGCUCAGCGGUCCCGGGGGGCUGCUGCGCGCCCAGGAGCAGCCCUCCUGCAGAAGAGCCUUUGAUCUCUACUUCGUCCUGGACAAGUCUGGGAGUGUGGCAAAUAACUGGAUUGAAAUUUACAAUUUCGUCCAGCAACUUGCGGAGAGAUUUGUGAGCCCUGAAAUGAGAUUAUCUUUCAUUGUGUUUUCUUCUCAAGCAACUAUUAUUUUGCCAUUAACUGGAGACAGAGGCAAAAUCAGUAAAGGCUUGGAGGAUUUAAAACAUGUUAAUCCAGUAGGAGAGACAUAUAUCCAUGAAGGACUAAAGCUAGCGAAUGAACAAAUUCAGAAAGCAGGAGGCUUGAAAACCUCCAGUAUCAUAAUUGCUCUGACAGAUGGCAAGUUGGACGGUCUGGUGCCAUCAUAUGCAGAGAAAGAGGCAAAGAUAUCCAGGUCACUUGGGGCUAGUGUUUAUUGUGUUGGUGUCCUUGAUUUUGAACAAGCUCAGCUUGAGAGAAUUGCUGAUUCCAAGGAGCAAGUUUUCCCUGUCAAAGGUGGAUUUCAGGCUCUUAAAGGAAUAAUUAAUUCUAUACUAGCUCAGUCAUGUACUGAAAUCCUAGAAUUGCAGCCCUCAAGUGUCUGUGUGGGGGAGGAAUUUCAGAUUGUCUUAAGUGGAAGAGGAUUCAUGCUGGGCAGUCGGAAUGGCAGUGUUCUCUGCACCUACACUGUAAAUGAAACAUAUACAAAGAGUGUAAAACCAGUAAGUGUACAGUUGAAUUCUAUGCUUUGUCCUGCACCUAUCCUGAAUAAAGCUGGAGAAACUCUUGAUGUUUCAGUGAGCUUUAAUGGAGGAAAAUCUGUCAUCUCAGGCUCAUUAAUUGUCACAGCCACAGAAUGUUCUAAUGGGAUCGCAGCCAUCAUUGUUAUUUUGGUGUUACUGCUACUCCUGGGGAUCGGUUUGAUGUGGUGGUUUUGGCCCCUUUGCUGCAAAGUGGUUAUCAAGGAUCCUCCACCACCACCACCCCCUGCACCAAAAGAGGAGGAAGAAGAACCUUUGCCUACUAAGAAGUGGCCAACUGUGGAUGCCUCCUAUUAUGGUGGUCGAGGGGUUGGAGGAAUUAAAAGAAUGGAGGUUCGUUGGGGUGAUAAAGGAUCUACUGAGGAAGGUGCAAGGCUAGAGAAAGCCAAAAAUGCUGUGGUGAAGAUUCCUGAAGAAACAGAGGAACCCAUCAGGCCUAGACCACCGCGACCCAAACCCACACACCAGCCUCCUCAGACAAAAUGGUACACGCCAAUUAAGGGUCGUCUUGAUGCUCUCUGGGCUUUGCUGAGGCGGCAGUAUGACCGGGUUUCUUUGAUGCGACCUCAGGAAGGAGAUGAGGGCCGGUGCAUAAACUUCUCCCGAGUUCCAUCUCAGUAAAACGGAAGCAGGAAGACCAAGACGGUACGAAGAUGGCACAUUUUCACAUAGCUGAUUUUCAACCAAAUGGAAAAAUUCAAGUGCAUUUCAGAAGCUUUUGGAAGAGCAGCUUAAUUCCUCUCAGUCAGGAAAUGUUUUCUCUGCCUUCUGCUUUGCUUGCACCAAACAUUUCCAAACAUUUGUUCUGCCAUCUACAUGGGAGGUGAUGAAACUCAGUGGUAACUCAUGAUUUAUGACAUUGAAAAUAAAGAGGAACACUGACCUGCAGACUAUGGUUUGUACAAGAAAGUUUGUUUGAAUGUGUAGAAGAGGAAAAAGCAACAACAGCAACAACAUGAAGGUGAUACCAAAACAACUGGCCAUGAUGGAAGAUAGUAGUUUUUUUACAUGGAAACAUGGCACUUGUGUUUUUAUGUGGCAAGAUCUUUAUCCAUAGGCAGAGUAUACAAUUUCCCACCAGGCUAAGCAAAUAAAGAAGUCCAUUGCCUUAUAGCUAUGUCAGAUCACAGAAUCCUUCCAAGUCCCCUAUCACAGUGUGCCUUACGGGAAGUUUCUGACUGGAAAAUCUUGUCAUUCUAACACUGAAAAGUGCACACGCAUGACAAAAUGUAGACAAGAUGCCUCAAGGUAUUGGUAGCAAGCAAGAUUUUGCCCUUUAGUUUUCGAAGACACCUUUCUGUCGUUAUGCACUCGGGACAAGAAAAUUAAUAGAGCGUUAUUCCACAGAAAGACAGCCUCUAGCCAGAGAUCUUGAGUGGAGUGCAAGGGCCUCGUGCUUUGCAAACUUGUCCCUGUAACUGGUAGAUUCCUCCUUUUCCUGUGUUUAGGAUUUAGUAGUGCAUAAAGCAUGAAUAGCCAUAAACAUACCUAGAAGUUUGUUUUGCUUUUAAUUUAAAGGAAGCAGUAACCACAAAGCUUCCGCUCAGGGUUUUUUCUUUCGUCAAGUCUCCAAGGGCUCUUCAGCGUCACAAGCCAGCAACUCUCUUUGCAUGAAAAUUUCAAAGUUUAAUUAAUAUAAUUAAAAGCAACAGCAAGCAGCAGCCUGUGAAGAUUUUGCUCAUCUUUUUUAUGCCUUUUGACAUUGAAUGACCUAUUACUGUAUGCGCAUUACUUGGAUUUUGAGGGGCACUCUACCUUGGUUAUGAUUCAGUAGAGGAAAAAGACCUCCUUUCUUCAAUUUACAAAUUAAAUCUUCAGGAGGAUCGCCAUCACAAAACAUUGACGAUGUAUGUAUUAUAAUUUUUUAGAAAAACCACCAUUGUGUCAUGUUGACGAUGCCAAAUUAUGUUAGCGUGAGCAGAAACACUGAGGGGGAGGAAAGCAGCAGCUGAAGAAAAAAGCUCAAAUGAUCUAGUCACUUUCGAUACUGUACUUCAGAUGCGAAAUGGAUAUUCGACUGGAAACCUGACAAAGUGCGCCUGCUUUGAUGUGAACUGGUAUAGACAAUGACCAGUGGCUGGGUCAGUGGGAUGUCUCUCUGCGAGCACAAAGGCUUAUCAAAUGACACUAAAAAUAAGUUCAACAACCAUCACAUUGGAAGGGAGAAGGCGAACAUUUCAUGUUUGGCGGGCAUGCCAGUGCACAAGAUGGAAAGAGCGAUGGGAGCAUCCUGGUAUAAUUACCCCCAUUGUGCUCUUAAUGGAAAUUUCAAAGGAUGGGAGUAUUCUGUUACUUGGUGUCCAGGUUUGUGGCACUGUUCCAAGAGGCCUUACACACACACACAAAUAUAUAAUUUUCUAUACAUAUAUAUCCUCUAGCUUGAAACUUUUGCUCAAGUUUAUUUAUGUCACUGGCUGGCUGGAUCCAAAGUCAUGUGUCCACACAUUCAUAAAUAAAAAUUUUACCUAUGCCUGUGCUACCAUUUCUUUAAACUCACAUAAAGCUAAUGCCUUCUUGGGUUGAAUAUGCAGUUGUUCUGCUUAGUUUCAGGGUUGGAUUUCUACUCAGUUCCAAAAUGUCCCUCAUGUUCACAGAUGAUACUAUUGGCAGUAGCUGCAUAUGCAAGUAUAACUUGGAAGCCUGAUAUAGUAUACCCAACCCUUUCUGCAAUGAGUUAUUAUAUCCCUUUGUUCUGCAUGUGCAUCUGGAACAAGACCUAAUAAUGCAGCUUCCUUAAAUGGGCUCUUCAUUUCUGAUGAGUGCACACCAAUUGCUAUUUUAAUAUCAUUGAGAAUACUACAGAAGCUAAAGCUAUCUUUCUUUGGUAACUACUUUAAAUUUCUCUAGAAUUAUGUAGCAUACUUACAUGUUGCUGCGUGAACAAUGUAAAUUAACCUCUGCCUUUAAAUGGAAAAAUAACUUCCUAUAGAUUAUUAUACAGCUACUAUCAAGAGCUCUUAAUGAAGAGGAAGUGGCAAUGGUCUAUAUGUAGACUGAAAAAGUACCAUUAAUAAAGUUCAAAGACUGAUGGAAUUUCAUUGCCCUUAAAGAUAUGAA